AAUCUAUUCACUUUUCUCCCUCCCUCUUUGUAUGCCCUUCUUCUUUCUUUCUCUCUCAAGUUGUGAACUAGGUGAGAUCCCUAGAUUUACUACUUCCUAGCUUCUCUUCUAAUUCGUUUUAUCGCCAGUUACUCCAAGUUAUUGAUAUUUCCAAUUUUGCCUCUUACGUUUCUGCUGCACAAUUCAGAAAGGCUUAUCCAUACUAAGCAGGCUCUUUCGUUUUUUUUUUUGGACCGAAAUACUAGAUUCAAAAAGAAAUCAGUCAUAUUGGCGGUACAGAGUUCAUGUGAAUUUUGAGCUCUGAUGGGGACAGAAGAAUCCAACACAAGUACUAAACCCAGCAAAACUAUGGUGGUUCAGGAUGAAACUGAAAACAAACCUUUGCAGCCGCUUUGGUAUACUUCUAUACAGGGAUAUCAUUAUCCUAUGCCUGCACCAACACCUAUUAUAAAUUCACAUGCAGCUGCAGCCGGUUCUUACUAUUAUCCCCACAUUUGGCCAAACCAGACUUUCUGCAGUCCCCUUAAAUAUGACCCUCUGCAUGAUCCCAGCGGGCUCAAGGAUCAUCCAAUUGUUUCCGGGGGCUCUGCUUCAACAUUUUCAGAUAAAGUACAAAGGACUUUCAGUGGAGAGAACGUGGAUUUGACAAAAGCAUGUGAAGGGAACUUACAACCUAGAAGUUCUGUCCUUAAGGAAUUAAGAGAAAAUGGAAAUGAAUCAUCAAUUUCCAAAAAUGAGCAAGAUAGAGGGACAUGGAGUGCUACAAAUGGAAGCAUGGGAUCGUCAGAUGAAGGCCAUGACACUGACAAUGGUUUCCCUUCAAGUAGAGAGCAGCAAUGUAACAUGAUGCUUGCAAAUAGGGACCUUACACAGAAUGGGGCUAGAAUAGAAAAUGGUAAUGCAAUUCACGUGAACAAAGAAUCUGCGUCACAGCAAUUUGCGGUGAAUUCAAGUGAACCAAAUCUGAAUUCAGAAACCAACCUCAAUACAUCUGGGACAAUUCAUGGACUUGCAAAACUGGAAGAAGAUGAAAUAAGAAAAGAAAGAAAAAGGCAAUUAAAUAGGGAAUCAGCCAGGAGAUCAAGGAUGCGUAGGCAGCAAGAAUGUGAUGAGCUACGUAAAAUCAUGGAUGAUCUUGUGAAGAAGAAUUCCUUGCUGAAGGACAAGCUUGUGAGCCUUUCUGAAGACUGUCUAGAGCUCAAUAAUGAAAACGACUACAUAGAGGAAGAGAUCACCAAGAUGUAUGGGAUAGAAUCAAUUGCCGAUCUUAUAGCCAUGAGGCCUGGCGGAGUAACUCGUUGAGAUGUUUAGCCACAACCGUUUGCUGAUUUCGUAGCCACUAAGUCUGCUUAACUCGGUUGAUGGUAGAAGCUAACAUAACAGCUCACGAAGCAAUCUAAUAACUUUCUAGAAUUCUUCAUUUGACAUUAGAAGCCAAUUUGAACUCUAUUUAAGUCGUUUUAAGUUAUACAGUCUCUCAAAAUAACGUUAUUGUGAACGAAAUCCCACUAUCGGAACUUUGAGGAGUCAGAGAUAAUCUGGAUAAAUGGGGUCAACAAAAAUCAUCAAGGUUUAGACCACGACGAGCUCGAGGUCUC